AAUAACUGACAAUAUAGAAACAAAAUAAAUCAAAAAAGGAUCAGAAUUCAUUACAAAGGACUUUUUGGUUUUGUUUUUUGGCAACUCUUUGAUUGUCAAAAAGAAACCAAACCCUAAUUUCUAUUUCACAUUUUUUCUUAAAGAUUUCGAAACGCACCUCCUCUCUCGUCCCUCAUCGCCCUCAAUCUCACCGGAUCUAACAUCUCCGAUCAAAAUCAUCCCAGGAUUUGAUUCGUUCUUUGCGAUGGAUCUAUGCGUUUUGUGUGAUCUUCUGUAUUACAGCUCAUUGAUCUCUGCUAUGUAUUGACUCUGUUUCUGUAUUUUCCAUUGAAAAGUCUCUACCUUUGACAUUGUAGCAGCUCAUAUGACCAUUCAUCUUUUGAUGUUUAACGAGAAGAUUCUGACUUUUCUCCUUUUUUUAAUAAUGAAGAUGUCUAACGUAGCGAAGACCAAAUCAAGAGACAAGAAGGUUGUUGUUGUGAAUGAUUCACACAAGACAACACCUACUAAAGCCUCCUCCAUAGGCGGUGCUUACAAUCCUCUCUUAGUUGAGUCCUCCUCCUCCUCAUCUCUCCACACCACCGGCCGUUUCAGAAGCAUUGAUGAGUCUGACGACUGUGAUUCCGUCUCCAACAACGGUAGCUGGUCUGGAGACUCCGAAGACCACAAAGAGAAAACAACAGCAGCACCACCUUCAGCAAAGCAGGAAGCCACCAUUGACAACGAGAAGAGGGAGAAGAUGCGGCUCAAGAACGAGAGGAAGCACCAGCGUCAGAAGGAGAAGCGAGCUCAGGAACUGCACGAGCGGUGCUGUCAGUUCCUCAUGUCGAGGAAGCUCGAGGUGCUUACUCAGAAGAUUAUAGCUAUGGAGAUUCCUCAUCACGAGAAGGCGACUUACGCUCUUAUGCUGAACGAAGGGAAGCUGGAGGAGUCUGUUAACUGGCUGCUCGAUGUCGGCGGGGCGAGUGUUGAGGAUAAGAAGCUGGAUCCUAGCUUUGGGAGCUUGAAGAUUGAUAUCUCGGAGGAGUUGGGUAGAAUCUUGGAGUUGGAGGCGAAGUAUAAGUGGAGCAAGCAGGAUGUGGAGAGGGCUGUGGUUACUGCGGAAGGGGAUGUUGAGAGAGCGGAGGAAUCAUUGAGGAGACAGAAGCAAGACCAUUCUGUAAAAGUAGAGGAUGUUAGUAGUAAUAAUAGCAAAGUCCCUGAAGAAGAGAGAAAGAAUGUAAACCAAAGUGUUAAUCCAAUGGAUAAGAUUAACAUGAACUUGCAGUUGAUGAAGAAUGCUGCAAUGGAGGAGAAGAAACGCAUGUCAAAUCAACAGCCGCCGCCGCCGCCGCCUCGGCCAGUGGAAGAAACGCAUCAUGUGACGGUGGCUAUAGGGAGGGAACCAGUGAUGGUGAUGCAGCAGCAGCAGCAACAACGCUCUCAGUCAGCUAACACAAAUUUGCCACCUGUCUCUACUAUGAAUCCAUCCUUUACAGUAUCAGCAGGAGGUGGAGGAGGAGGAGGAGGAGGAGGGAGUGGUUGGUACCCUGCUAAUGGUCAAACUAACGGCUAUUUACCCGUAAGAACUCCGCCUCCUAGUGAUCUGAACUCUAACCUGAUGUACCAGUAUCAGCAAUAUCAAGGUAACAACGGACACAUAAUGGGAAGGCCAAGUGAACAGCCCCAUGCUGUGGCUCCAGCUGCUUCUCUUGGGCUCUUCUCCGGGUAUGGAUCAGCGUCUUCAUCAGGGAUAGACUGGAGCGCUGAUGGGUCAGUAGGGAAAUAUGAUUACAGCAAAAUCGAUUGGAGUUUAGACAGAGGCCUAGCUUGUCCGAGACAAGAGGAACAACAACAGUAUGUUGCUGAGGCAUCACAGUAUGAAGCAGACAUGAGUGGAAGGACGAGGAUGAAUGGGAUGGGAGUGCAGGAAGUUGCUUUAGUGGGGAACGGUGGCAGGGAGUGGACAUCACCGUUUGAGGGUAAAGAUCUGUUUGGUUUGUCUAGACAGUAUGUGCCUCCUUCUCUUUGAAGGUGAAUGUUUGCUUUCUAGAAUAAUAAAAAAAAAAAAUGCAAGGGGAGAGAGUGAGAGAGAGAGAGAGAUAAUGGAUGGAUGGUAUGAGUUUGUGGUUACUAGUUUUUUUAUCAAGUGCUUUCUUGCUUGUUUGCUCAAAAUUGGAUCUUUCAAAUUUACUAAUGUUUUUAUCCCCAA